AAUAAACGGGAACCAGAGGGAGGAUACUGAAGAAAAAAUAUUCUUUAAACUUGUGUGCUAAUAAACUUUGUACAUACUACAUUUAGGAGUCGGAAAGACGACUGCUUCUGUUUGAAUCUGAUCCUCAGCAUCAUGGAGAGAGCAGUGGUGCGACUCACCCUUUUUGGACUUCUGGUUUCUUUGGCUACUUCGCAACCAAAAAAGGAAGACCGGGACAUUUACAGCUUUCAUAUCAACUCCAUUGUGACAAGUCGAUAUGCCACCACCAUUAUAACAAGCCGUGUUGUAAAUCGCAUGGAUGAAUCAAAAGAAAUUGAAUUCCAUGUCCAGAUUCCCAAAAAUGCCUUCAUCAGUAAAUUCACAAUGUUGAUUGAUGGUCAAGUGUAUGAUGGAGUUGUGAAAACUAAGGAGCAGGCUCAGCAGCAGUACACUGCUGCUGUGUCCCGUGGCCAAAGUGCUGGGAUUGUCAGCUCUGUGGGGAGAACCAUGGAGGAAUUUAAAACCUCUGUAACUGUGGCAGCCCACAAAAAGGUCACCUUCGAACUCACCUAUGAGGAACUGCUGAAACGCACCCUUGGCAAAUACGAGCUGCAGAUCCACGCUCGACCCAUGCAGCCCGUGAAAGACUUUAAGGUUGAUGUGUACAUUCAUGAAAAAGCUGGCAUUAGUUUCAUUGAUGUGAAAGGAGGACUGAGCACUAAAGCCCUGGCUAAUGCUAUCACCAAAACACAUGCAGACAAACAGGCAUGGGUGUAUUUCUACCCUACAGAGGACCAACAGAAAACCUGUGACAGCUGUGGAGAGCAAGGUAUGAAUGGAGAUCUGGUUAUUGUUUAUGAUGUCAAUCGAAACAAUGGACUGGGAGACAUCAAGACUUCAGAUGGGUACUUUGUCCACCACUUUGCUCCGUCAAGUCUUCUCCGUAUACCAAAGAACGUUGUGUUUAUUAUCGAUCAAAGUGGCUCCAUGCAAGGCAGAAAAAUGCAACAAACCAGAACUGCUUUAAUCCAUAUUUUGAACGACCUGGCAGAAGAUGACUUCUUUGGUCUUCUCAGUUUUAAUAGCAAUAUAUUUCACUGGAAACGAGAACUUCUUCAGGCCACCAGUCUAAAUCUGGAGGGAGCCAAAAAAUUUACACAGAAUAUUAUAGAGAGCGGAGCUACAGACAUCAAUGCAGCCGUGUUGGAAGGGGCACGCAUGUUGAAUACACAUCCUAGGGAAGGUUCAGCUUCCAUCCUUAUACUUCUUACAGAUGGAGACCCUACCUCAGGAGAGACAAAUCUUGAAAACAUACACUCAAACGUAAGACAGGCGAUUGCAGGAAAAUUUCCUCUCUACUGUCUUGGUUUUGGAUUUGAUGUCAACUUUGCGUUCUUGGAGAAGAUGUCAUUGUGGAACAGUGGUAUAGCAAGACGGAUUUAUGACGACUCUGAUGCUGAUUUACAGCUCAAGGGUUUCUAUGAAGAAGUGGCCACUCCUCUGUUAACAGAUGUGGAAAUGAUCUACGGAGGUGGAACCAAUCUAACCCAGACUAACUUCAGUCAGUAUUACAACGGCUCUGAGAUUGUGGUUGCCGGUGAGAUCAUUGACAACAACAUUGAAACCUUCAGGCCACAAGUUUUGGCUAUUUCAAGAAAAAGAAAGGUGACAUUUGUUAAUACCCAUGGCUCUGUGGAUUCUUCGGCUGGAACAGUCGCUGAUGGUCUUCUUCAGAGGGUUUGGGCCUACCUAACUGUUAAACAACUUCUGGAGAAAGAGUUGCUGGUAUCUGGACCUGAGAAAGAGAAAGUGAAGAGUGAAACUUUGGAGCUGUCCCUGAAGUACAGCUUUGUGACCCCACUAACAUCCAUGGUGGUCACCAAGCCACAGGGGGAGAACACGGAUGUCCUUCACAAACCCAAGGAGGGAGAAGGAGCAGGAGAUGUUGGACUCUCUGGUCGUGCUGGUUUUCCUGGUUUCCAUGGGUGGUCUCCACUCUUAAAUCCUCUUGGUUUUCCUGCAGUUCCAACCCUUGGCUUAAGAGAUGUUGGACUCUCUGGUCGUGCUGGUUUUCCUGGUUUCCAUGGUUGGUCUCCUCUCCACUCAAAUCCUCGUCCUUUUCCUGCAUUUCCAGCCCUUAGCUUAGAUGAGGAAUCUGAUUUAGUUUAUGCUGCUCAGGUGCCCAAGAGGUUCAAUGUAGAUGACACAUUUGAGACUUCUGUUCCAGUUCCAGUUCCAGUUCCAGUUCCAGUUUCUCACAGAUUUUUGCUGAAAACUGAAAAUCAAUCGCCUCCACUUUGCUUUGAUGUCGAUGGAGUUGUAAUUUUUAAACUUCUUCAUUAUCCAAGCAAGGAGCUGUAUAUAAAUGGUGAGCUGGAUUUGGUGACAAAUGGGGGCUUCACUAAGAUCGUUAUUCACGUCAGUGCUGACCAGCGUGUUGAGAUUGAUACGGAGGGAAUCAAUCUUCAUCAGGGACAGUCCACGACAUCCCACAUUGAGCAGGAUCCAAUCACAGCUGGAAGUCUUACAGUGAUCAGGCGUGACAAAGAAAUAGAUGUUGCAGUAGAGGACGUGCGUUUGGUCAUCUUAGUUCAUGAGAAGGACGGCAACAAAUUCCUUUGGCCUGCUUUGAGGCUGAAGCCAUCUGCCCACAACCUUGAAGGACUUUUAGCUUUAAAGCCAGCAGAUUAUCAGGAGGUCCAACAACAAUCUGAUACAAAACUGAAGAUCAAAGACAGAGAGAUUUCUGUUUCCAGCUCCACUGCAGAUGACUACAGCAAUCCCAAUCCUGUGCCAAUCCGCUGUUGGCUUACAUCAGUUGAUUUUGCCCUGGAGAGAACUUUGAAUGAUUACUUUGUUGCACAACUUUAACUGGAAGCCGUCCUAAAUAAAUUUUAAAAAGUACAAAGUUAAAAUAAAAUGACACAGCUUGACACCAAUAUUCAAAAGGCAUUUAGUCAGGAUCAGUAAAACAAUGAUACAUUAAUUAAAAAAAACAACAAGUAAACUAAAAUUAUUGUUCAAUGGCCUAACCAAGUACUGGUUUCUGUUUAUUAGAUCCUGACUGUGUGUUAGUAAAGGCAUGCGGAGAUUGUGACUUAUUUUGAGAUCACAUAGGUGUUUUGGCUCAUACAUAUUUUCUUGCUUUCUGUCUUGAAAAUGUAAGUUUCAAAACAUUUUAUCUUCAUUGCAGUUUUUUAUGAAACAGCAUUUUGCUCAUAUCUUGUCUAAUCAACACUGUAAAAAGCCUGAAAAUAUUUGAAAACGUCAUAAAUAAAUUUGCACCUGAAAACACAUAAUUUAUGUCUAAUAAAGAAUGUGUACCAAGUCAAA